AUGGCUGCUGGAGCUCUUACGCGUAACAAGAAGAAGGGAGCCAAGUCGCAGACUCCUCCACUGAGUAAGCGUACAAAGUCGAAUAUCACGCCUCCACCGAAGAAGGCAGCCAAAUCCCAUAAGCCUCCAUUGAAGAAACAGAGGAAAGUAAUUUCGGAAGAGAAGCCUGAGGUUUCUACGGACGAGGAGGAGAAAGAAGAAGAAGAAGUGAGUGAACAGUCUGAUGAAUUGGGUUCUGACUUUUUCUCAGAUGGUGACGGAGAAGAAAAAGAAGAAGAUGAUGAUAGUGAGGAGGAGGAUAAAGAGCCCUUGGCUGACGACUUUCUCGAUGGUAGCGAAGAUGAAGAGGGAACUUUGGGGUCUGAUUCUGACUCUGAUGGAUCUGAUCUCGAGAAGGAAAGUAAAGCUAUUGAUGAAGAACGUAAAAGGGAGGAACGAGAUGCAAAAGAUGAGUUGCAGAUGAAUAUUAAGGAACAACCUGAUGAGUUUCGGUUACCAACCAAAAAGGAACUUGAAGAAGAGGCGAGUGGGCCACCAGAUCUUCCUACCUUGCAAACUAGGAUAAAAGAGAUUGUUAGAGUACUGUCGAAUUUUAAGGAUUUGAGGCCAGAGGGAGUGAAGAGGAAGGAGUUUGUUGAACAGCUUAAGGCUGAUCUUGCUUCUUAUUACGGCUAUAAUGAGUUUCUUAUUGGGACUCUGGUUGAGAUGUUUCCUCCUGUUGAACUCAUGGAACUAAUCGAAGCUUUUGAAAAGCAAAGGCCUACUUCUAUACGUACCAACACUCUCAAGACUCGGAGACGGGAUUUGGCUGAUGUACUUUUGAACAGAGGUGUUAAUCUAGACCCAUUAAGCAAGUGGUCAAAAGUUGGACUUGUCGUUUAUGAUUCACAAGUUCCAAUUGGUGCAACUCCUGAAUAUUUGGCUGGUUUCUAUAUGUUGCAAAGUGCUAGUUCAUUCUUGCCAGUGAUGGCUCUUGCUCCUCGGGAGAAUGAGCGCGUUGUGGAUAUGGCUGCUGCCCCUGGUGGUAAAACAACUUAUGUUGCUUCCCUAAUGAAAAAUACUGGCAUAAUAUAUGCAAACGAGAUGAAAGUACCUAGGCUUAAGUCACUUACUGCCAAUCUGCAUCGCAUGGGGGUGACGAAUACCAUAGUUUGUAACUUUGAUGGAAGAGAGCUACCCAAGGUUUUCGGUCAGAACUCGGUAGAUAGAGUAUUGUUGGAUGCCCCUUGCAGUGGAACUGGAGUUAUAUCAAAAGAUGAAUCAGUUAAAACUUCCAAAAGUGCUAAUGACAUAAGGAAAGUUUCUGAUUUGCAAAAGCAACUUAUACUUGCCGCGAUCGAUUUGGUGGACGCCGAAUCCAAAACCGGUGGAUAUAUUGUUUACUCAACAUGCUCCAUUAUGAUCCCCGAGAACGAAGCUGUGAUCGAUUAUGCCUUAAAAAAGAGGGAUGUCAAACUCGUUCCAUGUGGACUUGAUUUUGGGCAAGCUGGAUUUACCAGAUAUAGAGAAAACCGAUUCCAUCCUUCUUUAGAUAAAACUAGACGUUUCUAUCCUCACGUACACAACAUGGACGGAUUCUUUGUGGCAAAGCUGAAGAAGAUGAGCAAUGAAACGAAGGCUUCAGGUAAUGAGCUGGUUGAAACAAAAGAGCAAGCUCAAUUGUCUAGUGAUGACGAUGAUGACUCCAUUGAGGAGUUGAAGAAGCCUUCUGGAGCCAGUGGUAAACCCAAGCAAGACAUUAAAGUAGACAAAAGCAAACGAAGAAUUCCAAUCUCAGAGCCGAACUACAAAGGCAACGAGAACAAAAAUGCUAGUGUGGAAGGACCCAGGAAGCAAAAGAAGAAGAGAUCACAAUGGAAGGCUGAAAUUGCUCAAGCUAGGGAAGAUAAAAGAAAAGUCAUGAGAAAGAAUACUAAGGAGUCUGGGAGAAGAUAGAUUCUUGAUGCAUGUUGGUGUUUCUGGUCGUGGUGAUGGAAGCAAUGAGGUUAAGGUAUCUGUUGCAGUAUACAAUGGCUUUGUAGUUUGAUUUAUCCACUGAGUUUGACAUCUUAAAACCAUGGGACAGAAAUAGUGACACUCACUCUUGUGGCCUUCAUGAACAAGUUGCAUGCAUGCCCAACAAAAGUUUUGUAUCAAUCUCAUAAGAAUAUUUUGUGUGGAUCUGUUCUUAGUAUGUUUUUUAUUGUGGAAUUAUAAAUGAGUUGAAAAAAAUCAAAAUGAGUCCCCACUUGUCACAGGGCAACCACAAAAGUGUUCAUCACAGUCUAUGGAUUUUUCUGAUC